GGCUGGGCAGAGAAUGCUUGCAGCUUGGCAACUUUAGACUCAUGGACUUCAAUUCCCAGAAUUCCCCAGCCAGCAAGUUGCCAAAGCAUGUCAGGCUGGAGAAUUGUGGGAGUUGAAGUUCACAAAUCUUAAAAGUUGCCGAAAUUGGACACCUCUGACCUACAGCUUCCGAUCUUCAUCUGGGAAUGAGGGGGGAACUUGCACAGUUGUACAUGGUAUGAACCGGUUGCAUGCAUGUGUGGCAUGUAUCAAUUGCACUCAUCUAGUGCAUAUUAUCUGCAUUGUUUGAGCCGUGGUGGCGCAGUGGUUAGAAUGCGGUAUUGCAUUCUAAUUCGGCUGACUGCCAGCCGUUCGAUUCUUACCUGCUCAAGGUUGAUUUUAUUUUUAUUUUUUAUUUAUUUUUAUUUGUCAAUCAUAUACAAGAUAACAGGUAAAAAUAUAAACAUAAUUUGGAUACAUGAAAAGAGUAAGUAAAAAGGAAUAUUAGGACAGGGACAGUAGGCACACAGGUGCACUUAUGCACGCCCCUUACAGACCUCUUAGGAAUGGGGUGAGGUCAACAGUAGAUAGUUUAAGCUUAAAGUUUUGGGGGUUUGGGGAAGAAACUACAGAGUCAGGUAGUACAUUCCAGGCAUUGACCGCUCUGUUACUGAAGUCAUGUUUUCUGCAAUCGAGUUUGGAGCGGUUGACCUUGCGUUUGUAUCUAUUAUUUGCUCAUGAAUUGUUGUGGUUGAAGCUGAAGUAGUCAUUGACAGGUAGGACAUUGUGGUAGAUAAUUUUAUGUACUACGCUUAGGUCAGACAGAAGUCUGUGUAGUUCUAAGUUGUCUAAGCCCAAAAUUUGGAGUCUGGUGGCAUAAGGUAUUUUAUUGCGAGCAGAGGAGUGGAGGAUUCUUCUUGUGAAAUAUCUCUGGACUCUCUCGAUUGCAUUUAUGUCCGAUAUGCAGUGCGGGUUCCAGACAAAUGAGCUGUAUUCAAGAAUUGGUCUAGCAAAUGUUUUGUAUGCUCUAGUUAGUAAUACGAUAUUACCAGAGAAGAAGCUAUGCAAGAUUAGGUUAACAACUCUUAGUGCCUUUUUGGCAAUGUUGUUACAGUGGGCUCUGACACUUAGAUCUUUAGAAAUGAGUACUCCAAGGUCCUUGACAGAGUGAGGGUCAUCUAUAAGGUCAUGUCCAUCUAAUUUGUAUUUUAUGUUUCGAUUUUUUUUUUCAAAGCAUCAAAAUUCAGCCUCCCAUCCUUUUGAGGUUGGUAAAAUGAGGACCCAGAUUGUUUGGGGCAGUACGCUCACUUGUAAAACCGCUUAAAAAGCACUAUAAAACACUGUGAAGUGGUAUAUAAGUCUAAGCGCUAUUGCUAUUGUUUAUGUGCAAGCCAGUCUCAACCUUAGCAACUUUAAGAGGAGAUGGGUAAUGAUAAAGGUAGUCCUUGACUUACAAGCAUUCAUUUAGCGACCGUUCAAAGUUACAACGGCACUGAAAAAAGUGACCUGUGGCUGGUCCUCGCAUUUACAACCACUGGAGGUCACGUGAUGAAAAUUCAGGUGCUUGGGAAGUGACAUGUAUUUACUGUAUGUAUAUAAAAAUACAACUAGGGAGUCAUUUCUAGUAUUCUUUGUUUGAUUCCUCCUUCAGAAUGAAUGGAAUGGAAUAUUUAGAGGCCUCUCUAUUUCUAUUUUUAAUGUUGAUAUUUUGAAUUUAUUUUUGUGCCUCGGGGUCUUAAACCACACUUUUUUCCCCGCCACUGCCUUUGAAGCGAGCUGAUAUUUCCACCAGGGGGCACUCUGCUCACCUUUGCACAGUGUUUCUCUACCUUGGCCACUUUAAAAUUUCUGGAUUUCAAUCCCCAGAAUUCUUCACGCCCAGCCAUGCUGGCUGUGGAUUUCUGGGAGUCGAAGUUCCACACCUCUUAAAAGUUGCCAAGUUUGGAAAACAUUGUCUUGGCGACUGGAUCUCCUUGGAUGGAGGCAGCAAUCAAUCAGCGAUGUCAGAGGAAAUAGGAUCUCUGUGGGCUACAUUGGAUGAUUUAGGAAUUUAAGGAUCCUAAGCACAUCCUUAAACAGGGCCCUGGUUGUUAGGCAGGAUAAGGGUAAAGGUUCCCCUCGCACAUAUGUGCUAGUCGUUCCUGGCUCUAGGGGGCGGUGCUCAUCUCCAUUUCAAAGCCGAAGAGCCAGCGCUGUCUGAAGACAUCUCAGUGGUCAUCUGGCCGGCAUGACUAAAUGCCAAAGGCGCAAGGAAUGCUGUUACCUUCUCACCAAAGGUGGUCCCUAUUUUUCUACUUGCAUUUUUUACGUGCUUUCGAACUGCUAGGUUGGCAGAAGCUGGGACAAGUAACAGGAGCUCACCCUGUUACAUGGCAGCACUAGGGAUUCGAACCACCGAGCUGCUGACCUUUUGAUCGACAAGCUCAACGGGCUCAGCUGUGUACAGCUGUGAAAAUAAUACUUGCAACCUGUCAGGUCCCUGCUGGAACGCUGCUAUUCUAAAGGAGAGGGGGGCUGCAUCUUGAGGGUUGAAUGGUUUGCAUUCUUUCCCUUUUGCUAAAACUGCCUGGGGAAUUAGUGGGGAGGAAAAGCGGGCCAGCAGGAUGCCUCCUCUCCCAGCCGGUUGCAGCCUGUUAUCACCCUCCUACCUCGGAGUUCUCACAACACCUUGGCGGCAUUGGAUUGGCUAAUUGUGGACAUGGGUGUAUUGGGUGGGGGCUGAACAGCGGAAAUUAGCUUAAACGCUUUGCGCGGGAACUUUCAGGCUCCGCCUGAUUUCUCUGCAAUCCGUUCGCUCGGUAAAAGUGCCUUUUGGAAUGCUAAUGGUUUCAAAAGUCCUCCUUUCCUGAGAAGGUAGCUGAGAAAGGCGAAAUCUGCCAAAAAAGGCAUUAGGCGAACAUUAGGCAAAUAUUAGGCAUUAGGCAAAAUCUGCCAAAAAAGAGUCAACCCACAGAGGCAUCUGUCCUACCGUAGGGACCAGGGACAUGCAAACGAUGUCUACUCAGGGCAGAAGCCAGGAGGAAGCUCAGUGCUUGGCCUCCACAAAAGCCCACCCAGGAGAAAAACCUGCCAGACGGACGGAGGAAGGUGUGAGCCUGCGGGACUCAGGUAAGCCUAGGCAUGCCAUAGGCGUUGGAAAGAAGAACGACUGGUCUACUCAAGGCAGAGACCAGGAGGAAGCUGAAUGCUGGUGGAUAGCCUCCACAAAAGCCCUACCAGGAGAAAAACCUGCCAGAUGGUCACUUGGAGUGGGAAGGCUACCAGAGCCGGGGGAGACGUCCCCUGGAGUGACAACUACCAGAUACCGAGGGGGAGUGCUUGCCUGGCAGGAAGAACAGAAGGAAGACCUCCUGAUUGCCCAAGCGGUACAGCUGCUGAGAGAGGCUUAUGAGAAUCGAAGAGCUCGUGAAAGUUAUGAAUUGCCUGCCCAGGGAUUGUCUGUCAGGGGAGGAGAUCUACGUGCCCAGGGCGGAGCUGAAACUUCUACAUGCUUUGAAGAAAGAGCUGGAGCCCGGGAAGACAAAGGCAAGACCCAGGGGAGCCUAGCAACUACUGCAGGCCAGGCCCCCCCUGCUGAGCAGGCAUUGCCACGAAGGCAGAAAAAACCCCAAAUUCCCCCUUUACCUGGAAAAUAUGGAGGGGAUCCCAAAGGACUGAGGUGCUUCCUAACUCAAGUAUGGAACCACAUGCAAGACUGGGGAGAGGAUUUUCUUUCCGACGCAGCCCGGGUGAGAUGUGUGACCAGAGCUCUAGAGGGGGUGGCGGCUGAUUGGAUGGCGGUUCUUCACAGCGAAAAUUCCCCCCUGCUAGGAAAUUACGACCAGUUUAUGGCAGCUCUCAGAACACGAUUCGAGGACCCCCUAGCAGGGCCAAGGGCCAGAAGGCGGAUGAAAUCCAUCCAUCAGGGGCGGAGAUCGGUGGCAGAGUAUACCCAGGAGUUUCGCGAGCUAGUGCCUUACAUGAGAGGGUGGCCAGAAGUAGAUCUGCUGGAAAUCUACAAAGAUGGCCUCAAUAAAGAUGUCUAUAUGGUUUGCUUCUUGCGUGGGGCCCCGUGCGAGCUGCAGGCCUGGUAUGUGCUGGCUGCAGAUGUGGAGAUUGAUUUGGCCAGAGAUCGUAUCCGCGUUGGUCGCACUUGGAGCAAGGCCCCCUCCUUGUCCUACAAGGGAGCUCCGAAAGGCACUGGGAGACCCGCCAGCUCAAAGCCGAAGUCCAUCAUGUGCUUCAGAUGUGGAAAAGAUGGUCACCGCGCAGCUGAAUGUGUUGCAAAGCUUGGAUCCAAGGUGACCCCUAGUGGUGGGAAGAGAGCUGACAGAUUGCCCACCAAGGGUCGCGAGGUUGCCCUAAAAAGAGUGGAAGUCAUUAAGUUUGCACCCCCAAAACAGGGUGAGCUGGGAACUCCGACCAGCACCGAUGACAGCAAAUCCGAAACUGAUUCCGAUGAGGACCUCCUGCCGGAGCCAAAGGCCAUGCCCCACUGGGACGAUUGGGAGAGACCCAAAGAGGAAUUCCGUCUGAUCCGGAAGUUGGACUCUGGCUUCUUUGGAAGCGUCUACGAGGGACUUUGGAAAGAGAAAGUGAAAGUGGCUAUCAAGAUGUUAGAGAGAGAUGAUCUGAGGUGCCAGGAUACCUUCAGGAACGAGAUCGAGGCCCUGAGGCUGCUGAAGCACAAAAACAUCCUAUCCCUCUACGCCAUCUGCUUGGCCGGGGAUGUGGUCUACAUCAUCACCGAAAUCAUGAGCAAAGGGAGCCUGCUUGGGUUCCUGAGAGGUCCAGAAGGGAAAGAGAUGGAGAUCGUGGAGCUGGUCAGCUUGGCUUCCCAGGUGGCCGAGGGGAUGAGCUACCUGGAAUCGCAGAAUUUCAUCCAUCGGGAUUUGGCUGCCAGGAACGUCUUGGUGGGAGAAAACAACAUCUGCAAAGUGGGAGAUUUUGGGAUGGCCAGGCUGAUCGAGGAAGAUAUAUACCUCUCUUACUCACAGAGUUUUCCGUACAGAUGGACCGCACCGGAAGGCCUUUCCCGCGGAUGCUACUCCAUCAAAUCUGACGUGUGGUCCUUCGGCAUCCUUCUUUAUGAAAUCAUGACUCGCGGGCAGAACCCGUAUCCAGGCAUGAGUAACUUAGAGGUCUCCACCAAGGUUCAAAAUGGCUUCCAGAUGCACCGCCCGCCCAGGUGCCCCCCUAUCAUGUACUCCAUCAUGUGCAAAUGUUGGAACCUGGAUCCCAACCAAAGACCGGAUUUCCAGUACCUCAAAGAACUUCUCCAGGAUUUCACCAGCUAUGAGAACUUUGAAGCCUUCUCUUAAGCCACCCUUCAGUGAUUGGAGAGACGUUCUACCCCAACACACAGUCACCUGAGUAUAAGGGGUAGAGGAGCAGAUCAAGGUGAUUGACAAAUUAUCGCACCAUCAGCUCUGCUGGGAAAGAAAGGAUGUAGGUUUAAUCAAAAAAGGCAAAAUAGGGACUUUGAAUCUAGAACGAAAGAGAAAUUUCCUAAAGGUGAAGAGUAAUCAAUCAAUGGAACACCUUGCCUUCAGAAGUUGUGGCAUCGCUGGAGGCUUUCAAAAAGAGAUGGGACAGCCAUCUGUCUGAAAUGGUAUAAGGUCUCCUGCUCGAGCAGGAGGUCAGAGUAGAAGACCUCCAAAGUCCCUUCCAACUCUAUUAUUUUAUGUUCUAUGAAUGACCUAAUGGGCCACGACUAAACUUCCUUGUCUUUUGUUACACUUUGCAACACAACACUUAAUUAGCACCCACAACACCUCACAAAUCGUCCUGUGGGUAGAGAAGCGGUUAAGUGCAAGACAAAAAUCUGGGUCCAAUGUUUGCAGUACAGAUUGGACGGGAAAAAGCUAAGUAGAAGACUGGGCUGUUCCCUGGAUGGAUGUGUACAUUUCCAGUUGAUGCCUUUGGGUUCUGCAAAAUUCAAUCUUGACUGUUUCUCAAUUGCUUCAGAGUCUGGAGAAGGUUGUUAUAGGUCCGUGAUGGUGAACCUAUGGCACAUGUGCCACAAGUGGCACGCGGAGCCAUAUCGGUAGGCACGCGAGCUCAGCUUCGGCACACAUGCAUGUGCCGGCCAGCUGAUUUUUGGGCCUUCUGGGCCCAGUGGAAGUAGGGAAACAGGCUGUUUUCUGCCUCCGGAGGGCCUGAGGGUGGUGGGGAAGGCCAUUUUCACCCUCCCCAGGCUCCUAGAAAGGCUCUCGAGCCUGGGAAAAGCAAAAGAACCCCACCAUGCCAAAAGUGGGGGGAGCAUGGGGGAGGUUGCGCGUGCAUGCGCAGGGGGCGGGGCACAGAAUUAUGGGUGUGGGACACGCGAAACCGCCCCCACUCCCCCGUGCGAGCCCCACUUUUGGCACGCAAUGGCAAAAAGGUUAGCCAUCACUGUUAUAGGUGUUACAUUUACUUUAUAUGCAGCUUAUUUACUUAUUCCACAUGAACCAGAGAUCCCAAACUGGGUUUGUCCAUCGAAUAUGCAUGACGCUAGAAUUGGUGGUUCAGCCAGUUGUGGGAAUCCAGCCAUUAUCUUAACAUGUUAUGUGAAUGAAGCACAUUCGAUGGUUUGCUUAUUUUGGCAGAGCUUUUGAUGGGAUUAUAAGAAAUAUUGCUCACUCAUUUCGGUUGAAAGUUAAGAAUAAUGUGUGAAUCUGACUUGGGAAGAGUAUCUGGAACCUUUCCUGAAUUUUAAGCCGUUCAGGAUUCUGUUCCUAUCUUCCUGUUGGUUGAAGAGUUAUAGAUAAAGAUACAGAUAAUCCUUGACUUACAACGAUUCAUUUAAUGGCCAUUUGAAGUUAUAACAACACUGAAAAAGGUGACUUAAGGCCGUUUUUUUAUAUUUACAACUAUUGUGCCAUCCCCAUGGUCAUGUAAUCAACAUUUGGACUCAUAUUUAUGAUUAUUGUAGUGUCCCGGGGUCAUGUGAUCACUUUUGUGACCUUCUGACGAGUAAACUCAAAGCGGAAGCCUGAUUCAGUUAAUAACCAUGAUACUAACUUAACAACUGCAGUGAUUCACUUAAUAAAUUGCCAAGAAAGGCUGUAAAAUGGGGCAAAACUCACUUAACAACUGCCUUGCGUAGCAACAGAAAUUUGGGGCUCAAUUGUAAUCGUAUGUUGAGGAAUACCUGUAUUUGGAGGAAGCGAAAUGAUUUUUAUAUAUUAAAAGAUCCUUGUUGUAUAAA